AUGGGCAACAGCAAGGCGGCGGUGUGCGUGCUGGCGCUCGUCCUGUGCAGCCUGCUCGCCGCGGACACGACGGCGGCGGUGGCGGGGUGCGACGCGAGCGCGCUGAGCCCGUGCGUGGGCGCCAUCAUGCUGGGCGGGGCGGUGACGCCGGGGUGCUGCGCGCGGCUGCGCGCCCAGCGGGCGUGCCUAUGCCAGUACACGCGCGACCCGUCCUACCGCGGCUACGUCAACAGCCCUAGGGCGCAGAGCGUCGUUGCCGCCUGCGGCCUCCCCAGGCCCAAGUGCUGA